GGCACAGCCAGCAUUGCCAGCCAGCUGAAGAGUGGCUACAACCACACAGUGUCGGCCAUGUGGCAGGCUGAACGGCAAUUACACAAGGUGAAUAUCCUCGGCUCGUGCCUUUUCCGGCGGAGAGAGCCUCGACAAUAGACAGAUGCAUACACCGAUUGAUUGAUAGAUGUGCUUAUGCUCAAAGAAAAACAACAACAGUCCAUGUUUAUCUACCCCGUCUUCCUCUCUGCCGAUCCCGACCUCGAAGAGCCGAUCACCAGUCUUCCCAACCAGUACCGCCGGGGCAUCAACAAGCUGCUCCCAUUCCUCGCAACGCUCGUGGCGAAGGGGCUACACUCCGUCAUCUUGUUUGGCUCUCCACCCAGCAACGACCAAAAGGAUGCCUCCGGUUCGAUGGCUGACAGCCCCGAUGGCCCCAUCAUGCCCGCCAUCCCCCAGAUUCGGCAGGCCUUUCCAGAGCUGUAUGUGAUCGCGGAUGUCAGUCUGUGCGAAUAUACCCACCACGGCCACUGCGCCGUGACGUUCGAGGACGGGUCCGUCGACAACGAGGCAUCAGUAGAGCGCGUGUCGGAUAUCGCAUUGUCGUUUGCUCGCGCAGGCGUGCACUGCGUCGCGCCGUCGGACAUGAGCGACGGUCGCAUCCGCGCGAUCAAGCUCAAGCUCCUACAGCACCGUCUCGAGAGCAAGGUUGCCAUCAUGUCCUACUCGGCCAAAUAUGCCAGCUGCCUCUAUGGCCCCUUCCGGGAAGCUGCUUCCUCUGCGCCUGCAUUUGGCGACCGCAAACGCUACCUGCUGCCGCCGCCGGCUCGGACCCUGGCCCGCAAGGCCAUCUUGCGCGAUAUGCACGAGGGCGCCGAUAUGAUCAUGAUCAAGCCUGCCUACCCAGAUAUCAUCAGCGAUGCCAAAAACGUGUCCACCGUGCCCGUCGUCGCCAUGCAGGUAUCGGGUGAAUUUGCGAUGAUCCAUGCCGCGGCCCGCGCCGGGGUGUUUGACCUGAAAGACAUGGCGUUCGAGUCUACCGAGAUCAUCGUCCGAUCUGGGGCGGAUGCAAUCCUCAGUUAUUUUACACCCGAGUUUCUAGAAUGGUUGUGAACGCGGUGGAGGAUGGCUUUUGACCCACUAUAUAAUGAACUCUUAAAAACUUUCCUAGGUCGCUUAACUGCUUCAGUCGAGCACUACGGUCUAGUUGUAGAAAGAUCGGUGAAAAUACUAGACCGUUCUGUG